CAUUAGCUAGGGAAAGGGAAAUUCAUUUCUCUGGCUGUCUUUCAACAAUAAUUUCACCGAAGCUUCUCCUUUUUCACCCCUUAUUAUUUAUUUAUUUUCUCUCCUUUUUUUAGUGAUAAUACCACUCCUAUUACGUAAUUUCUGAAUCUCUAGCUCAGUGUGUGUAGUGUGUGUCCUUAACCGAGUGGGUUUUGCGGAGGAGUUUUUGUGUGAGAGAUCGGCAAUUUUUUUGGGAGGAGGAGGAGAUGGACUCCGAUUCGUGGCCUCGGAUUUCAAGCUACUCUCGGCGUUAUCUAUCUCGACCAGAUGUAUAUAAUGGAGAAGACUUUGAAGGUGAAGAAGAGCAGAAGUCUGAGUUUCUCUGCCCGUUUUGCAGCGAGGAUUUUGAUGUGGUUGGGCUUUGUUGUCAUAUCGAUGAAGAGCAUGCCGUUGAAGCCAAGAAUGGGGUUUGUCCCAUUUGCGCGAAAAGGGUUGGAACAGAUCUGGUCCGCCAUCUCACUGUGCAGCAUGCGAGUCUACUAAAGGUGCAGCGUAGGAGAAGACUGAGGAAAGGUGCAUCUAAUUUCCCACUUUCCAUCUUCAAACGAGAGUUGAGGGAUGGGGGAAGCCUGCACUCCCUUCUUGGUGGGUCUUCAAUUCCGGUUUCUUCCUCACACAUAGAACCCGACCCACUGUUAACCUCUUUCAUAUACAAUCCACCCGAUGCUGAUGAGUCCUCAAGUGUCCGGUCUCUCCCAUCAGUCGAGGAUUGCACAAUGGGCGAUAACCAUGCGGUGGACCCCUGCGACAGGAUGGCGCAAAAGUGCCCGAUGUCAGAUGAAGAUAUGAGGGAAAAGAGUCGAAGGUGCGAAUUUGUGAGGGGUGUUGUGAUGUCUACUUUUCUUGAUGAUUUAUGAGAUGGGGCUUUUGGAAAUGGAGAAGCAUUGUUGGAGAGUUGAAGGAUGUGUCAGGAAACAGCUUGAGUGAGGAAAUAGAGCUAAGUUGUUUCUUUCCUCACCUACUCCUAGUAUGUGAAAACAUAUUUAUGUGCAUAAUAAAACUAGUAGUAUAUGUAAUAUACAUCGUGGAUGUGUCUCUCUCCUUCUCUACUUUUCUAGUUUUAAAUUGUUAUUAAGAAACAUUUCCACUAUCAUGAAUAAGAGUAACAAUUAGUAUA